AUGGAGAAAUUCAAGAGUGCAACGUUGUUCCUUUGGGUGUUCUUUGCCUUGUGUACAUUGAAUAUUGAAGCAAGAACAUCUUCAACUUUAGAAAGAGAAAUUGAAGCUAAAUUAAAACUCUUAAACAAGCCUGCAGUGAAAUCCAUUAAGAGUGAAGAUGGAGAUAUUUUUGACUGCGUUGAUAUUUAUAAACAACCUGCUUUCGACCAUCCUGCUUUACAAAAUCACCGUAUUCAGAGGAUACCCGAUUUUCUUCUUGAAUCCAAAAACUCAAACACAGUAGGAACUUUCAACGCAAGUUCUGAGGUAUUUCAAACAUGGCAGAAAAGUGGAAGUUGUCCGGACGGAACAGUUCCUAUCCGAAGAAUUCAAAAAGAGGACUUGCUAAGAGCUGCUUCACUUGACCGCUUUGGACAAAAACCCCAGGAAUCGUCUGUGAAUUCAACACACACCAAUAGUGAUUUCGUUCAUCUAAAAGAUCGCUCGGAUGCAUAUCUUCAGGCAUACGGAUACAAUUUUAUAGGCGCGGAAGCAAAUAUUAAUGUAUGGAAUCCAAGGGUUGACAAACCAGAAGAUUUCACUACUGCUCAAUUGUGGCUUAAGGCUACCCAUGGUGACAAUUUAGAAAGCGUUGAAGCUGGUUGGAUGGUUAAUCCAAAAUUGUAUGGUGACCACAACACCCGUUUGUUCAUCUAUUGGACUAAAGAUACAUAUAAAUCAACUGGUUGCUUUGAUCUUACUUGUUCUGGUUUUGUUCAAACAAACAAGGCUGUAGGACUUGGUGGUGCCUUAGGACCUAUUUCAACCCCUCUUGGUCAACAAUAUGAAAUCAAUUUUGGAAUAUUUUUGGAUAAUGCUGGAAAUUGGUGGCUUAAACUAAAGCGUGCCAUUCCCGUAGGUUAUUGGCCAAAAGAGUUUUUGGGACAAAGUUUUCUACAACAUGAUGCAACAAUAGUACAAUGGGGUGGACAAGUGUAUAGUCAUGAAGUGAAAACAAAACCUCACACAGGAACACAAAUGGGGAGUGGAGAAGCAAGUGGUAGAUUUGGAGGAGCAUGCUACAUGAGUACUGUGAGAAUUAAAGAUUAUUCACAAAUGCUUAAGUAUCCACAAUUGGUAUAUGCAUAUUCUGCUGAGCCUGAUUGUUACAGGGCCUUGAAGGAUGAUGGAACAGACCCUUUAUUCUAUUUUGGAGGCCCUGGACGAAAUCUUCCUCAUUGUCCUUGA